AGAGAGUUUUGCCAAUUCGCUGCCAAUUAAAACUAUUUACGGUGCCGAACAUAUAAAAUUGUGCAAGUCUAUUGACUUUUAACUUAAUUUAACUGCAUUAAAACAAAAUAUAUUGAUAAGUUUGCAAUCAUAUAACAGUUAAAUUCUGCAGCUUUAAUCAAAAACUCUCUAAAUUACUACCAAAAAAUUGGUACACUGAGAUAUUUGGCAAAACUUAUGUCCUUGAAAUUAAACUAAAGCAAGUGAAGUUGGCGAAAUGUAAUGAAGGUUUGGACGACUUGUGCAUUAAUUUAUAUGUUGUUUUGUCCAAAAUAAAAGUAAUUCACCUUACCUUAAAUUGCUGCACAUAAGUGAACUCAAACAUCUGAAUGUGUUGGAAAAGAGAAAUCGGUAAUUUUUCGUGUGUGCAAUAAAAUUGUAUCGUAAUUAUCAACUAUAUGUAUCCUAAAACCAAUGAGUUUGAAUUUUCAAAACUUACAACGUUAUAAUAUUAGUAUCGAACAUCAACAGAAUUAAAUAAAGUUUAUUUAAAAGAAAUCCAAUUUUCCAUAAAUACGCCAUCUAAGUUCAUAUACAUAUAUCGGUGUUUGCACAUAUGUACUUACAUAAGUAUUAGGGUUAACAUUCAAUGGAAUUAUACCGUAUAAUUGCAAAACACGUUAAUUGCAUCCUCGGCACUUUACUGCAACAAAAUGGCAAAAAAUGUGAAAUGUCGUCGGCGUAUAGUGCAUUGAUUAUAUUGAUAACGGAGCCAGCUCUCCGAAUGUAAAUAAUAAAUAUAUUAACCGCAUAUUUCGUUUGUUUCGCGUUUAAUAUGCAAAAAUACAAUACUCCAAUUGGUUUGCUUUAAAAUUCAAAAGUGGCAGCUCUGAGAUUUUCUCUGAGUAAUUGGUAGUGGGAAAAGAGAAAUUUUAUGUUGUAUUCAGUGGCGGCUUUUGAACCUGAAUAUUCUACUGAGCCUGAAUAACUGCUCUAUUCAUACAUUCACAAAUUAAUGGGAGGCGAACAUUACGUGAGUUUGUGAUUGGUUCAUUUGAUCUAUUAAAUAUAAAAUAAUUUUCAAAAGAUUAUCAAAUAAUUAAAGUGAUUCGUAUUUUAUAAAAGUGUACUGUGUAUUUGUGGUUUCAAAUGAAAAUUCAGACUAAAGUUUCUGUCCAGUAAGUUAAACUUAAACAAUGAACGCGAAGAGUGGAAUCGCAAACACACACAUUCAGAAUUAAUUAAGACGAAAAGUGAAAAAUAUCCACAACCACAUAGUUAUGCGAAUUAAAUGUAAAUUGAAAUUGGAAUAAAUUGUGGUACUCGGAUUCGCAAAUAAUACUGAAAUAUUAAAAAUGAAUAAAUUGGUCACUGGGCCAAGGCCCAACUCAGUUAAAAUUCAAUGGUUUUGCAAUGAUUUAUUGUCAGAGUUAAAUUAUACCUCGAAAUAUUUGAAAUAUUGUCAAUACAUUUAUGUGGAUGAGGGAACGUUGCAUUGUGGGAACCCGCAGCAAGCAACCACCCUCACUUCUUGGACUGCAUGGAAUCAAUGAGACGCAGUGAGGUGAACGUUAGCCACCACCCGAAUAAGGUGGCCAAUAAUAAAAGCAUAGUUACGGAUAGUAAUAAACACAAGUUGGUAGGAAGCACAAGUAAUACUUUGGUUUCACCUGCCUCAGAUUUAAAUAAAAAAUUGUCAUCGUCUUCGCACAAGCAUCAUUACCAAAAUUAUACAAAACACAACUCAAAUAAAAAGGUGGCAAGUUCAAAACAUUUUGCACAAUCGAAAUCGCAUUCAACACAGUCCAGUGGAGGUGGUAGCGUAAGCAAUAGAAGGGCUAGUUUCCCAAAACCAUCUGGGAAAGGAGUAAUUGUAAAUGCAGUAGCUAGGAAUAGCCCUGUAGUACAAGAAGCAAAUUGUCAGCCAUCGUCAAUUUCUAGCGAAUCAAAGGAUACAAAUUUUGAGUACGAAGACGAAUGGGAUAUUGGUGGAAUACCUGAGUUGCUGGAUGAUCUAGAUGCUGAUAUUGAAAAAUCGUCGACGGCAGCACAAAAUUUAACAAAAACUUACAGUUCUGGUGGUGGCAUCAAUGAGCUUGGAAUAAUAUCAUCCAAUAUAAAAUCGACAUCAAAGUCGUCUUCAGCAAAUAAAGCUAGUUUAAAAUCAGAAAAAGGCAAAUAUGCAAACUUGCCAUUGUCAAGGUCGUUGAACACAGCAAUAACAGCAACAUCAAAUGCGACUGCUACGAAUUUUCCAGUUAAAAGUUCUAAAAGAGUUGCAAGUCCCAACAACUACAGCACAAUCCCAGGUAAACGUUCAGACUUAGCCGUUAGCAAGAACAGUAAUAGUUCCCAACAAUUAAAGAAUUUCGAAAGCAAGUAUCAACAAUCACGCGAACAUAUAAAUUACAAAAGUCAACAGUCCACAUUUGAAGAGCAAAAGGCGGAUGGUGGCUUUAGCAAAAAAAUUGGUUCUAUUGCGUCUAAAUCAUUACAAUCGUCUUCCCCAUCAUAUCCAUUAUCGUCUUCUGUAUCUCUUCACGCCACACCUGCUACCUGCGCAAGUGAGGGUAGCCAAAAGACUAAUACAUUAGCUGUAUCGACCUUUGCUGGAUUUUCGAAAGGCGGUAAUCUUGUGUCGUCAUAUAAAAAUUCCCAAAUACCCAAAAAUUUAGUUGGCGGUUCUUCGCUUCUACUUUCGGCAUUAAAAAACGAUUCACUAUCGAGUUCAUCAAAUCAUUCUGCAAGCGGCAUGUCAUCGCAAUCCAGUGGUAGCAGCAGUAAUAACAGUAGUGCGGGCGGUGGAUCUGGCGGUGGUCAGGGUGGAGCCCAAGGCAUUGGCGGUUCCGGUAGUGGUAAAUCGAACUCAAAAAUGUCCAUUGAUCAUCAAGCGACACUUGACAAGGGACUUAAAAUGAAAAUAAAGCGUACCAAGCCGGGAACCAAAACGUCAGAAGCCAAGCAUGAAAUUGUCAAAGCCACAGAACAACAACAACAGAAUGGUUCCUUAGGUGUCAAUAAUCCAGGUAACUUGGAUGAUAAUAACAGCGUCAAUACUAGUUCGCAUUCCUCAUCUUCAUCAGGUGGUGGUAGUAACUCAAGCGGCUCAUCACAAAAUACAGGUAGUGGCAGCGGUUCGGGAUCAAAUUUAACCAAUAUAAGCGGCAGCAAUAAAAAGCAUCUAAGUAAUAUUUCCAGUAGUAAUAGUAGUAGUCAAGGCAAUAGCCACAACAGUAUGAACAGUAAUAAUUCGAACUCUGGUGGCGGUUCUACCGGUUCCGGUAGCAGCGGUCAGGGUACUCCUCAAAGCAACAAGCGUGGUAGUUCAGGUCACCGGCGGGAAAAAGCUAAAGAGAAAACCACACAUUCCAAUCGUUUAAUAGCGGAUAAAAACGCUUCCACUUCGGCUGAAAAAGAUGGUCUCACCAAUGUCAAUGACAAAGGCAUCGCAUGUCAUUGCAAUAUUGACACCACAAAUGGAGCUGCGACUAGUGCUUGCACCAACCACUCGUGUUCACGCCGCUCAGAAAGUGCUAAUAGUUCAUCAAUUAGCGUUUUGUCCCAACGCAUGGGCAACAAUACAGCCAAUAAUAAUGUUAAUAGUGGUUCUGUGCCACCAGGCGUAUUUACACCAUCAGUGGGCUCAGCCGCUGGUGUAGUAACUGCUGCAGCUACAGCGGCCACACUACUAGCAGCCACAUCGGCUGCCACGACUACUACACCACAAUCAAUGGGUAGUAAUAGUACACCAAAUGCACCCGGUCCACCGGGUAAGGAUGCAACUAAUUGCGGCAACAUUAAAAUCUCCUCACACAUUGCUGCGCAAUUAGCUGCAGCAGCAGCUUCCACCACCUUUAGUAAUAGUGCAACAAAUUCGUCUGCGAAUAAUCUGAGCGGAAAUAAUGAUAGUAAGUCAAACACUUCAAUUGUUCCUGUCGCGCAAGCAAAACUUAUGGCUCCCGGUAUGAUCUCAGCGACUGUACACCACACUAUUUCAGUUCCCGCGAAUUCCUCUUCCAGUACAACAACACAAUCGUCCAGCAAUAACGGCCCAAACAGUAGCAAUGCUGGAGAUGAUGGUAUCAAGUCACCACCCGCCAAGCGGGCAAAACAUGGUGAUCCUUCCUCGAAUGCAGCAUCGAGUACUUUAGCCAAAGAAAUGGUUGAUAUUUGUAUUGGUACCUCAGUAGGAACUAUAACGGAGCCAGAUUGUUUGGGUCCCUGCGAGCCGGGAACUUCUGUAACGCUUGAGGGCAUUGUUUGGCAUGAGACAGAGGGCGGUGUGCUUGUGGUGAAUGUAACAUGGCGCGGCAAAACUUACGUUGGCACAUUACUGGAUUGCACACGUCAUGAUUGGGCACCACCCAGAUUCUGUGAUUCACCAACCGAGGAAUUGGACUCCCGAACACCCAAAGGUCGUGGAAAACGAGGACGAAGUGCAGCGCUAACACCAGAUUUGAGUAAUUUCACCGAAACAAGAAGCUCGAUAUAUUUUUCACAUGCGCAGGUGCAUUCGAAGUUGCGUAAUGGUACAACGAAAGGUGGCCGCGGUGCAUCACGUACUUCAAUUAGUGCAACUAGCACAUCAAAUACCACAACGACAACAAGUAGCUCUUCGUCGGGGAAUGGUGGUGGAGCCACACCGAGCACAUCGCCAACAGCAUUUUUACCUCCACGUUCUGAGAAGAGAAAAUCGAAAGAUGACUCACCGUCGCCCAUUAAUGGCGACACCGAGUGUACUGCAAAUGUAGCAAACGCUAGCGGUAUACCGAUAUCGGCGAGUGGAGGUGGUCUUGCUACGCAGCCUCAAAGUCUUGUCAAUCCUGUGACUGGCCUUAAUGUACAAAUAAGCACGAAGAAAUGUAAGACUGCCUCACCGUGCGCCAUAUCGCCGGUGUUACUAGAGUGCCCGGAGCAGGAUUGCAGUAAAAAAUAUAAGCACGCCAACGGACUGCGCUACCAUCAAUCUCAUGCACAUGGUAGCUCAUGUUCCAUAGACGAAGAUUCCUUACAAUUGCCUGAUGAGCCACCCACACCAACCUCAUCACCGGUGCCGUCGGCACAAAACAACCGUGGUACAACGCCAACUCCUGCAGAAAGCUCGACAUUGGCAACUGGUGCUAUGGUGAUAACAUCACCGGUAACACCGCCAAUUAAUGCAGCUCCAAUGCCAACGGCAUCCUCUACUGAAGCACCAACGCAACCAGCUGCUAUUUUGCCACCUUCGACGCAACCCACAGUCACCGAUGGUGUCGGGGAGCCAGAACCUGUGAUUGGUGCUGCCACCACACCCACACCCGGCACACAAACUAUUUCUGUUGCGUCGCUGACUGCAUCUACUCCAUUGUCUACUGCGUCAUCUAGUUUAUUGAGUGCGUCUCUUGGCGCUGGUGGCAGCGCUGGUGUUGGUGGUGUUCUAGCAGCCUCUACCGCACAAGCGCUAAUGCCACAAACACAACAGCAGCAACCACAUCCUGUUGCCGGUGGCAGCAUAACAACGGGCAUUUCGGGACAAGUUCUUUGCCAGCAACAACAACAGCAAACGCUUGGUAUGCCAAAUGCUGGCAAUCCACCUGCAUUACUUUCAGAAACAUCUCCGGCAUCGGCACUUGCCCAACAGGGUGGACUAAAACCGGGUGUAUUGAGAUUUGGUCCUCAAAGCGAUGCAUCCAAUUCGGGUGCCCCACCGUCAAUAUUAGCAUUGCAACAACAAGCAACGCAAGGAGUAAACCCGCAGCAGAGUGCUAUGUCAGGACAGAGUCCUCAACGGGCACCACCGCCACAAUUAUCAGCGAAUUUGGAAAGUGUACAACAACACCCAUCGGCAAUAAGUACUUAUACCAGCUCGCCGGUGCCCAGUGGACAAAAUUUACAAGGCAUUUCAUUAACCACGAAAGGCACAUCUGGCUUUGCAGCGGUGAAGCAAAAGAAAUGUCGAAAGUCGCCCGGACCUGUAGAGUACGACGGUGUUGUAACACGGGAUAAUGUACAGAGUCCUGCCUACAGUGACAUUUCGGAUGAUUCCACACCAGUGGGCGAACAGGAUAUUUUAGAUAAGUCACAACCUAAACUCAUGGACUUACCAAACAAGAAACCAACUGAUUUGGGUUCUGUGGGCUUGGGAAGUGGUGCGCCGGGUAUACCACCUUUAGGCGGCUACGGCAUGUAUCAGUUUUAUCAGCAGCAGCAAUAUUUGGUGCCUCCCACUUCUUCCGAUCAGCAAUCGUCACAGGCAGCCAAUAAGGGUUUGUUGCCCUCAGCUCUAGUACAGCCAACGUUAACGCUUCCACCAUCACAGCAACAACAACAGGGUGCAAUACAAUCGUCUCAUUUAAUGCAACAACAGUCCCAUCAACAACAACAGCAAUCGCCACAUUUGUCCGACUACAGUAACAAAAGUAAAGAUCCGCCACUAGAUUUAAUGACGAAAUCAUCGCAACAGCAGCAGCAGCAACAACAGCAACAAGCUGUUAGUCUUCAGCAACAAUUGCAGUCGCAAGAUGGCAGUGGUAAUCAAAAAGAUAACCCCACGGGCCAACCACCACAGUCUUCGGUAAAUUUAAGCAAUAUCGGUCCGCCGAAUAAUGGCUUACCACCAGGCAUGGGCUCCAUGUCAUCGUUGGGACCAUCAGGUGUGGGACCGGGCGGGUUGCCAGCACCUACACCCGCCAAAUCCCUAUCACAUUUUUACCCCUUCAAUUACAUGGCUGCCGGUUAUCCUUAUAAUGUAGAACCGAAUUAUGGACCUGUAUCGAUUGUAUCGUCACAAGAUGAUCCUGUAAAAUUGAGCGCCCACGGUGGUUUACCCACGUCACAGUCGCAAAGCAAUGCACCUCCACAUCCAAAUUCCGGUGUCAUUAAGGAUGAACGCCUCAAGGAAAGUCCUAGUCCGCAUGAAAUAUCCAAGCCAACACCUCAGCAGCAACAAUUGGUUUCGACCAAACACAUCAAAAGCGAGCCGAUGACAAAACAGGAGAUAAAGCAAGAGCACAAUCCGCCUCCUCAGUCUCAACAACAACAGCAACAACCGCCACAGCAGCAGCAACAACAGCCGCAACAACCACACGCACUGCAUCCGAAAGAUUUGCAAAGCUUGGGUACAUAUCCGAAUAUAUAUCAGCGUCAUCCAAUGACCUUGGCCGCACAGCAGCACUUGUCACGUGAGGAGGAAUUUAGAAGGUACUAUAUACUCUCGGACGAGCAACAACGUCGCCAAAAUACAGUCGCAGCUCUACGAGCGCAAAAUCCCUCCAACAGCGUACCGCAUGGCUCGUUGCAAGCACAAGUCAUGGGACAGCAUAAGGACGACACAGGCCCAUCAGCACAGCACCAACAGCAGAUGGCAAUGGCACAGCAACAGCAGCAGCAGCAGCAACAACAGCAACAACAACAGCAGCAGCAACAACAUCAGCAGUCGCAAAAAAGUAAAUCACAAAGUUGCUCGAGCAGUAGCGGCGGCAAUUCCGGCAGUGGUAAAGCAACAAAUCUCACCAAGGAGAGCUCCAAGCAAAAGCAACAAGAAGAAGAAGUCAAAGUUAAACAGGAGGGACAGAAACCCACAAUGGAGACACAAGGACCACCGCCGCCACCAACAUCACAAUACUUCCUGCAUCCAUCAUACAUAGCGCCAGCACCGUUCAGCUUCGAUCCCAACCAUCCUAUGUAUCGUAAUGUCUUGAUGUCUGCCGCCGGCCCUUACAAUGCGGCGCCGUAUCAUUUACCCAUGCCGAGAUAUCAUGCGCCUGAGGAUCUGUCACGCAACACCGGCACAAAGGCACUCGACGCGCUACACCACGCCGCUAGCCAGUAUUACACUACGCACAAAAUACACGAGCUGAGUGAGCGUGCACUGAAAUCACCGACGAGCGGCGGUGGUGGUGGUGGUGGCAGUGGCGGUCCGGGUGGCGCGGUCAAAGUCAGCGUAUCUAGUCCGAAUGUGGGUAUGCAACAGCAGGGUGUUAGUGGCGGUGGCGUAACUGGGCCAGGCAGUGGUCCGAAUACGGUACAAAAUGCACCCAACAGCGGCGGUCAUUUGCCGCCAACAAAUCAGUCGUCUGUGGGUGGCGGCAUGCCAUUAAAUCUGCAACCGCCACCGACCGGCAUGAGUGGCCCGCCAAAUAAGUCUGAUGUGCUGGGACAAAAGGUGUUGAGCGGUGGACCAGGCGGUCCGGGUGGCAGCUUGGCGGGCGGACCACUAAAUAUAGAUGCACACAAGCAGCAGGGUGGUCCCAGCGGGCCGAAUAGUGGCGGCGGUAUUGGCGGUGCUCCUGCCGGUGGUAAUAGCAACCCGGCAGAUUCACGUAGUCCGCCGCCACAACGACAUGUGCACACACACCACCACACUCAUGUGGGGUUAGGUUACCCCAUGUACACGGCACCCUAUGGUGCUGCAGUAUUGGCAAGUCAGCAAGCUGCUGCCGUAGCUGUGAUAAAUCCUUUUCCUCCCGGACCAAACAAAUGAGAAACACAGAACGAAAAGAAUCCAUAUAACAUGAAGACAUAAUGCAUUUGUCUUGCUAAACAAAUACCCGCAUUUAUUGGCAAACACGUUGGCUAUGAUGAAUUCGUGAUAUUGCAUGCGUUCAUCGCAGUUGCAGUUGUGAAGCAAAAAACUUAAAACAAUUAUAAAUCAAUCAAAAUUGUAUAAGGUCUAACUACUAACGAGUAACGAGUGCGGGUUGGAGUAUAUGAAACGUAUAUGGAUUAUUGGUUUAAAAACCAAAACAGGCGAAAACAUGUGAGGACUAACGUAAAGGAAUACUUAUGUAUUUUAAGCAUUUAAAGCAACCACAAAAUCAAUAAUUUUGACAUUUGUUUAUUAUUUUAAUGGAUCUGACUAAUUACUUACUGACUAACAGUAUAGACAAGUAGGCAGUAAUGUUUAUAGCAGAACAAGGGGUGCACGGCUGACAAUUAGCUAUAGAGCGUUAGAGAAAGCAGAGAGGGUGUGAGAGAGUGUGUGCGUAAGCAAUGUCGUGCACAUGAAAAGGAGAAUAAUUCGUUAACUAAUUUGGAAAAGAGUUUUAGAAAUUAAUAAGUUACAUUACCAACUUUAAUUGUAAUACGCUGCACUAAACUAUUUAAUUAUAACGUAAAGAAAAACAAAACAAACAAAAAAAAACAAAAACACACUAUUAUAGAAAAGUUAAAAAUAAAUGGUUAGAUUUAUUACAGAUAAGGUAGUAUAUAUAUGUGCGAUAAAUCACUGUAACCGAGAACUUGAUAAUUAGAAUUUAGUAAAACCACAGAAAUAUAACUAUAUAUACAUGGAAAUAUAUAUACAUAUAUAUAUGUAUAUAUAGCAAUAUAUACUAUAUAUAUAACAGUAGUUUUCUAAAGCAAUGCACGCGAACAAUACCAUUUGUAGUUAAAUUAUUUCACAAACUUGUAGCUUAAGCCAGCUGAUAAGAACUGUUGGAAAAAAAGCAGUAAACACAAAACAAACAAAAAUUAUAAUAAUCAAAAUACAGUUCAAGCAGUAAUGUAACACACUCGCA